CUAAAAUGUCUUCUCAACCCACCCCAGUCCUCCAAAUCGAUCAUCCUUCCUCACGGGAACUAUCGCCUGCGGACAGGUCAAGCCUUGAGGAUACAUACUUCUCUUCAAAACCUGCGAAAAAAAGACGAAAUGCUAGCCCUGGAGCUUUAAGUUUACCUCAAACACCAUCUGUUCCGUUUACUCUAGUCAAGACUCCACCACCCAACGAGCAGCCCAGACAGAAUGACGACUACUUCUCGCCGCCACCACAACGCGUGACACGGACAGCCACGCCGUCAGACAAUGCUUCAAACAUAUAUUCCAGUUCUCUCAGCCCGUCUGGCGGAUCGUUUCACUCAUCAGACAUAGGGCGCACUACUUGUAGUGGAAGCAGCAGCGAAUUUCUGACACCUCCUCUCUUCCAAGGCGAUAACGAUAAUCCCCCAUACAAGGUUCGUCGGGGAAGUACGACUAGCUUGACGAUGAUCAAAAAGUUACGAAGAGCCAAUACAAUGCCUUAUGACAAGGAAGCAAAAAAGAAAGUGAAGAGACAGCACAGCAAACGGCAUAAGUGCAGACACCGCAAAGUCACGAUGGACGAACAUCGAAGUCAAUCGCACUGGUGGCUGCCAGGAUGCCAAGUGGUACCGACAGCUCCACGAGGUCAGAAAGAUAUGUGUGAAGGGCAUGGCGGUCAUCAUACAAAGUCAAAACUCCGCAAUGCCGAUACGAGUGACCGUUUGACCAUUAGUAUGACGCCCAAGCUUAAGACCACAUCUGCUAGAAGAUGGAGCUCAGUUGAGAUUGGUGCUCAUCAAAUCAUAUCCGAAUUGACUUCGACACUACCACCAGUGUCUUCAGCGGUAUUGGCGAGUCCAACGUCGGAAGAUGCCACAAUCAUUCAACCAUUCGACCCACGUUUUAGGAGUUCGACAUUCACUCGCGGAGCGGUAGACAAUGACAUUGUUCGUACCGUACGAGAAAGACUGGCUCUUCGAAGAAUUCCAUCUGCGCAACUCAAGACUCCUGCAUCUAUCACCUUGAGGAGAGCGAGUGUGUUGAGUUCUCGGUCUGGCACAAGUCAAACCCCGAGUACCUUUCUGAAAUCAGAGGAACCAUCCGGUGGAAGCACGCCCUUAGCAAGGCUGCAAGGACUCCUGAAACAGAGGCGUCCAUCCGCAUAUCUUAUCACGAGCCAAGACAUCGAAUCUAUCACUGAAUUGAUCGAAGAGAAUCUGAAACGAAAAUACGGAAAGAAAUUGUAUACGAAAAGCACGAACUCAUCAUCCGCGGGCAGCGGAUCUCCUAGUAUCACUAGCAAAGGAGUUGUUAUACCACCAAGCUUCCCAGAUCUGGGAGUCACUGUUGCCGAAGCCCAAACUAGAUCCGGCCCAUUUGACUAUCUUCAGGUAGUUCCCGUGCGUAAGGCUCGUAACAUUCUAACACGAGUGGCCUCUCAACGUAGUGUGCAUGAAGUCAUUUGGCAAGGAGGGUCGCCCAACAGCCCGAGUUCUACAACGGAAGAGGAAGAGUUAAAGCGAUCUCCUUACUGUGAAUGUUCUCAAGGAUUCGGUAUGCCUCGAGACAUGUUUCAACAUCACGAAUGCAAGCCAUCACGGAAUUUCUCCACCACAGGGGAUAGGAGUGAUGCUUUUGAUCCGAAAAACGCGAAUGCUUCAAUCAACGAAUGGUCAUCACGGACGGAGCAGAUUGACAUCCCUCUCGUCGUAACUUCUUCAGAUUCGGAGUCAAACGACAUAUCAGCAUCAAAUACGAACCAUUUCGGUCAUAUUGCACAGAGAGAGAGAGUUCCGGUAGAGGGUCGGGCAAGUUUAACUCCCAAAAGUCGAUCGAAACACAAAAUACGACCGGUCCCAAGACCAGCGGCGUCAGAUAGCAAUUUGCACAAAUCUAGGUCCAGAGGAAUGACACUUGAAGACGUCGUGUCCUUUCCCCCUCUUCCGCCAAGGAAGACUACAGAAGAAUGGUAUUCUCCUCUUCCAGAAAUGAUCACAACGCCACCCCUGACGGCUGCUCGUUCUCUCUACGACCUUGGAUUAGAUGCAUAUUCCGGACCGCGAUCAUCCAAAUCUGUCACUCCUAAAGCAUCACAAGCGUGUCUUCACCGAUCUGCUGAUUUAUCAUCGCCCAGUACACUCUCACCUGCCAGGAGUAUAGAGUUCAGACCUAGUUUUGAUCUACGAAAGAAAAGCUCAGCCAAGGGGAACGCAACAAUUGGACCAGUAUCACAGUUGGACAGCGCAGAGUCUAAUAAAGGAGUUGACAUGCGCAAGAAGAGUAUCGUCAAGGAUCAUCCAACGGCGUUACCUCGUGCAGGUGAUCUCAGUAAAAUGGGUUCUGCGAUUGGUAGCCAUGGUCACGAACGAAGACGAAGUUCAGCCGUACCAGCGCAGAAAGUUCAACGUGUGCGAACUAUUGACAACGUACACAAGGGAGAGCGAGAGGUUCCAAGUAGCAAGUGGCGACGUCCAUCAGUCUGUCCCCCAAGGAAGCCAUCGAGUCCGGGGACUGCUGAUGAAUCCAAGGAUUCACGACCACCGUCGCCAGCAAAUACAGCGCGAAAAUUCGGAGCUGGAUUCUUCGACCGUAUGAGUCUGGUCAGAGACCGAAGCCCGCCACAGCCAAAGAUAGAUCUUGUCGGUAUCUACGGACAGCUGACGGGCACGAAACGAGCACAUACUCUCAGGGACCCUUGUCUGCUUGAAAGUGGACCUUGCGAGCCUCAUGAUUGUGAUGAUUGCGAUCGAGAUCCAAGAAAUCCGAGUGUGGACUGGAUUGGUUGAGUAUGGAAAGAAGCAUGGAGAUAGUUGAUUAGAUCGGGUCGUUGCAGAAUGACGGGGCUUUAGGUAUUGAAUAGCAAG